GUAACGAUAAGUUAUUUAAACUUUGAAGAGACAACAAGAUGUGGUUUCCUGUGUUGUGUGUGCUCCUUUCUUUGGUACUUGUAGAGAAUUCUCAACUCAAGAUACACAUUCCUCGCUCCAGCUCCGGAAUCUAUCCACGUCUUCGUCUCAAUCAACAGUUUCCAUCUCUAAAUGAGUUUACGAUUUGUUCGUGGAUCAAACCGCAUUCAAUUCAAAGAGAAUUUUCGACAAUUUUUUCCUACGCGACCACUCGAUUCAACAAUGAAUUUGCUGUGUCCCUUUCGAAUAAAAAUGGAAGCGUCAAAGUAGGUGUCAAUAUCGCAAAAAGUUAUAUGGAAAUGCAAUGCCCAAAUACAGAAUGGACAGUGGGUGAGUGGUACCACCUUUGCGUAUCUUGGUUUAACACGAAUGGGCAUUUGCAAGUGUACACGAAUGGGUAUCGAUGUCAUAACAAUACUAAUAAUAAUACUAUUGCUAGAGGCACUAUUAUCUUUGGAGGAGGUGUGUUUGUUGUCGGGCAGGAUCAGGAUGAUCUUGAUGGUAAAUACGAAGCUGAUCAAGCGUGGAUUGGUGAUAUUGCGGACGUAAAUAUGUGGGACGAAGUUCUAACAGAAAGACAAAUGAUUCAAGCUGGUAAAUGUGAGGGAAAAAGGAAGAAAGGAAAUAUUAUUGGUGGAUUGAGAACCUCCAUGACAGCUUUAGAUAUUUCUAUAUCAGAAACUGAACUUUGUCAGCCUUGAUUAUAGAUUAACGAAUUAACAAGUUACGGAAAAAUACGAGUUACUAUAUCAGUAUCAAAUGUAUCGAGUGUAUUAAGAUUUAAAUAAAAUGCCAUGAUAAUGUU